CGCCCGGUACAGGUAAAACUGUGGUGCUGCUGCUGAUGGCCAUACAGUGGCUGCGGUGUGGUCACGACGUCUACGUUGUCAGUACUUGUGAUGGGAGUGAAGCAGCGUGCAUGAUGUUGUAUCACCUGUUGCUGCAGUCAGUAAAGACACAACAGUCAGCAGGUGUAUCUCCCGGUCAGCCUCACCCUCUUAAGUAUUUGAAGUAUGAUCUUUGUAAAGGUAAAGACGUGGAGAAGGCCGUCAACGCCUUGUCACAGGCAGCAAGAGGAGGGUCGUUGUACGUCAUCGUUGAUGAAGUGAGCGGGUCAUACUUCCACACUGUGUGUGACAAGCUGCUGACACAAGUUCCUGAUCUCCAUCUGUGGCCGGGAAGUCGAGCAGGAUACGUUUAUCACUAA